AACCUGUCAAACGCGUCUUCCCGCCUGUCAACGCGUCUGUCAAAGAUAACCUUGAUUAAUUCUCCUACCCACCGUGACAUCAUCCCUUUUCCUUUCCAUAGCCCGCCAGUAACCCAUCUAUUCAUCUUGUAUUUUCGUUUUGUUUCCGCGUCAUCCCUACAAACAAAACGCCACACGUUCAGACCCGAGAAACCACAGACCACAGCAAUGUCAACCCAACAAACCCACCCCACAGUCCCCCUCUACCACCCACCAGCGCCCUCGCCCUUCUCCCUCCCCGACCCAGACUCGGUAGCAGGGUACAAACUCAUCGAACUCCCACCCGACCUCGUAGCGCUACUAGAGGGGGAGAACCCACCUGUACUAACAAUCUCUCCCUCCCCAACCUCGGCCCUCCUCUCCGUCCCCUCCACCUCAAAAUCCUAUUCCCUCCGCCAAAAAAACACCUCCAACGCCCUCAUCAUCCUCGAACCAACAGACAACAGCGGUCUAAAAGCCAUAGCCACGCUCCACGAAACCGUCGAGCUCGUCCCCGUACCCACCACCACUGCCGCCCCCGAGGUCAAAAAGAGGGGAAAGUGGCACGAAAAGUUUGCGAGUGGGAGGAAAUAGAUAGAUAGAUGGGUGUCACAUGUCGCAACAAAGAAAAAAAAGCAUUUAAAAAGUAAAAUCAAUGAUUUGUUGUUCUGUCGAGAGUCUUAUGCUAUGUUAUCUCAUGUUGCUAUUUGCUGUGAGGGUUGUGAGGUGUCUAGCAGUAGGAGAGCCCAAGACAAGGUGCUGUCUGUUGUUGGCCAAACCCAGACAUGACAGAGAAGCAAUAUAACUCGGUCCUCCCUGCUCUCCCCAUCCGCCGAUACCACCACCCCACCCACACACACAAAGCACCCCCCAAGCCAAAUCCCAAAUCCGACAAAUACUCCCAGGCCAGAUUACCUCCCUAAAGAAGCCAACCGCUGGAAGAAAAGCAAAAUAAAUACAAAGAACCAACCAGCCCAACCGAUCCCCAAAUUCCCAACCCACCCAAAUAUAGUCCUGUUGCCCAUAUCAUACUCGAAUCAAGAUAGC